CGGAUCUUUUAAAUAGUUAGACUCAAAUAUCCAUUAUGUUAUCACUAUUUUUAUCAUAAAGUGUUUUCCAUUCGUUUUAUCGUGAAAAGUAAAAUUUUGCGUGUAUUUUCUCAAAUAACAUGUAAGAUUGUGUAGCCAGUAUGGGUUAUUGAGGUACCCUCCCCCGCGCCCCCAUUUCCAUCACUAGCUGCGCAUGAGUACGUGUUGUGGCGGAUCGAUCCAUAUGCUUAUAUAUUAUUUGAAGAAAAAAAAAUUUUAACGAUAAAACAAUUAGUUGAAUACAACUAGUAGAAUUAGUUGAAAGAUAAAGUCUCGCAUUCAUAGGUUGAAAAAUAAGUCAAUAUAAGUCAAAAUAGGAUAAAUAAAAACAUAUACUAAGACAAAUCGAGUUAUAUAACAAGUCAGAAACAAGGCGUGCAGGCAGGGUGAAAGUAGUAAUAAUCAUGUCCUGACUCACGCUCUACGAAUCACGGGUAUUACCCGCCCCCAACUCGCGAUUUGAAUUUGAUAAUAUCGGACAUGACGUGUUGAAAUUGUAGAGUAAUUAGUAGAGUAAUAUGGCUAAGUUCUGAGGGGACAUAACCCAUCAGAACAUAGCAAUAUUACCCAUUUUCGAUUCCUUCAAAGCUCAGAGCCUGGCCAGCUACGUAAGCCCAUGUUGUUUGGUUUCCAAAAAUCAAAUAUCGGUCACCCAAUCAGUUCACUGUCCCAUGCAUAUGGACGGUUAUAUGGAUAUGGAACUCAAAGAACGUACACGGCUGGCUAUCUAUCAUCAUUGUCUGAAUCGCCUAUAUAUAUAUAGCUUUGCAUUCAUCUGCACGCCCGGUUCCUCUGUAGACUGAUUCCUUCACUCUCCCUUCGUGAACAAAACAACGCGAGCGAAUCCAACUUGCCUGUGCGGGCCAAGCUCUGUACAGGCUCUCGUGAUUCUCGACCUACUGAUGAAAGUCUCUGUUCUCCAAACCGUAGCGGAGGCUGAAUCGGAAAAGUUGGUGUUUUACGGUUUAGUGGUUAAACCGUUACAAAAUUAUUGGUUAAUCGUUGAUAGAAACGUUUACGAUAUAUAACACUUAGUACAAAACUUAACCAACUCCUCACCCUUUAAGGCCUUAGGCCACUCAAAUCCCACAAUAUCAAUGUAAAAUCAAGACCGAAUUGGGACCGGACCGGAUCAAAACCGGACCGUAUCAAGACCGGACUGUAUCCAAUCCAAUCUUCGGUCCUUAUAUUUUCAAAAAGACCGGACUGAACCGGAUCAAUUUGGGCCAAUUUAACCGGACCGUAUAGCCACCCCUAGCAUCAACUAUAUAUGCAUCAUUGGCUGAACCGCCUUGUUUGUAUUCAUCUGCACGCCCCGUUCCUGAGCAGACUGAUUCCUUCACCUCUCUUCUCGUUUCUGUCUUAAUCGUCGAACAAAACAAUGCGAAUCCAACUGCCUGUGCGGGCCAAACUCUCUGCAGCCUCUCGUGAUUCUCGAGCUGCUGAAGUCGAUUAUAUAACGCGAUCAAUACAUGACCCCUUACCGCAUCCAUCGAGUCAUCAAACACCUCCAUCCCAACAACAACAACAACAACAACAACAACAGACAAGUGUGGGAGUACUGAAGAAUUAAUGGCGAAGAGGAUGCCAGCAGCAGUAACGGUUACUACUACCGUUCUGCUAGCAAUAAUUUGCACCAUGUUUUGUUCCCUGCCGGUGGUGAGCUGCUUUAACGCGGAACCAUGCGCUGGAGGUGACAGCACAGGGAGGUGCAGCCUGGAUCCGCUCCCCGCGCCGUCAGCUGACCGUCAACGUUUAAUAUUCGACGACUUUUCGGCAGUUGUAUUUCAUGCCGGCAACAUCACGGGUUGCUACAAGAGGGGUUUUCUGUCCACAGAUGGCAGUCAGGUCGCAGCGGCAGCCUAUUUUAAUUGCGACGGCGCGCCUAGCUACGACUGCCUUGACUGUUUCGGAAGAGGCUUCGCCCGCCUGGAACAAGGGUGUCAAGGCCGAGCUGGAGGAACCGUCUUGUUAGAGAAAUGCUGUGUGAGGUAUGAGACAGCUUAUUACGACUUCUGCGCACUGGGCUAGUCGUUAAUUAGAUAUGGUGAUGGUGGGGCUCGAACAUCGAUUCUAUAGACUAUGGUUAUGGUGAUGGACUGAUGGGAAUUCAGUCGCAUACGCGUACUAUACUCCCGCGAGGUAUAGUACGCAAUGUGUUGAAGGUUGUGUAUGUAACCUACUUACUCGAUGAAUAAAAAGGGCUUUUUUUUCCUUAUUCUUUUCGUUACUGUAGUAUAAAAUGACUGCCAACAUUCGACGAUCUCGUGUCGAUACAAUUUUGGAAAGUAAAAUAAUGACCGGGAAAUACCGGAGACAAGCACGGCUACAUUUUUUGAAGAAGGGUUUUGCAUCUGAUGAGAGAUUUUGGUCCACCAACAAAAUUAAACAUACUAGAAUUAAUGCUGCUGCCAUAUUUAAAAUUGUAGUUGAAUCAACCCUAUCAUAUCAGUCGAGUCGAUCGGAAAUAUUGGAUACAAGACCAUAAAUGAUAGGUGAUUUUAACGGUACAAAACAGUUGAACCACAAUUUUAGUACAAAAUAUUUUACUACUAACUUUGUUCACAAACAUUGAGUUGAGUUGAAUAUUAAAAAGUUUAUACAUGAUGACUACAAUUUUGACUAUCCUUAAUGAACAGUGAAAAGUGUUUAUGUUUUUAAUUUUAUAUAUAAUAAUAAUAAUAAUAAUGACUUUUCUUUAACUACGGAUCUUUCAAAUAGUUAGACUCAAAUAUCCAUUAUGUUAUCACUAUUUUUAUCGUAAAGUGUUUUCCAUUCGUUUUAUCGUGAAAAGUAAAAUUUUGCGAGUAUUUUUCUCAAAUAACAUGUAAGAUUGUGUAGCGAGUAUGGGUUAUUGAGGUACCUUCCCCCCGGGCCCCGAUUUCCAUCACUAGCUGCGUAUGAGUACGUGUUGUGGCGGAUCGACCCAUAUACUUAUAUAUUAUUUGAAGAAAUUUUUCUUAAACAAUAAACAAUUAGUUGAAUACAAUUAGUAGAAUUAGUUGAAAGAUAAAAUCUCGCAUUCAUAGGUUGAAAGAUGAGUCAAUAUAAGUCAAAAUAGGAUAAAUAAAAACAUCUACUCUAAGACAAAUUGAGUUAUAUAACAAAUCAGAAACAAGGCGUGCAGGCAGGGUGAAAGUAGUAAUAACCAUGUCCUGUUCUCACGCUCUACGAAUCACGGGUAUUAUAACCCGCCUCCAACUCGCGAUUUGAAUCUGAUAAUAUCGGACAUGACGUGUUGAAAUUGUCAUCACUAGCGCGGAUGAGGGUUUGUUCCUUCACCUAUGGAAUGAGGGUAAUUAGUAGAGUAAUAUGGCUAUAAAUUCUGAGGGGACAUAACCCAUCAGAACAUAGCAAUAUGACCCAUUUUCGAUUCCUUCAAAGCUCAGAGCCUGGCCAGCUACGUAAGCCCAUGUUGUUUGGUUUCCAAAAAUCAAAUAUCGGUCACCCAAUCAGUUCACUGUCCCAUGCAUAUGGACGGUUAUAUGGAUAUGGAACUCAAAGAACGUACACGGCUGGCUAUCUAUCAUCAUUGUCUGAAUCGCCUAUAUAUAUAUAGCUUUGCAUUCAUCUGCACGCCCGGUUCCUCGGUAGACUGAUUCCUUCGCUCACUCGUCGUGAAAAAAACAACGCGAGCGAAUCCAACUUGCCUGUGCGGGCCAAGCUCUGUACAGGCUCUCGUGAUUCUCGACCUACUGAUGAAAGUCUCUGUUUUCCGAACCGUAGUGGAGGCUGAAUCGGAAAAGUUAGUGUUUCACGGUUUAGUGGUUAACCGUUACAAAAUUAUUGGUUCACCGUUGAUAGAAACGUUUACGAUAUAUAACAUACAAGACAGACUUGUAUAUUGCACUAAUUUAAAAAUGAAGUUAUCAUUUAUCAUAAAUAAUUUCGAAUUCAGUUCAUCACCAAAAUAUCUAAUAAAUCAUUAGGCGUCUU